AUGAGCUUGCGUAGCAAGCGACCUCUGGACUCCCGCUCUCGCGGCGAUAGUCCCCCCGACAAGAGAAGUCGUCCGCCUGAGCCGCGGCCGGCACGACAAGAUAGGUACGCCAAUACAAAUGCUCCCGCCUUUCUGAGCCCUCCAUCUUCAAGAAAGAGCUCUCUUGCCGGACUUCCGCCAAAAGCGCGUACAGGUUCAAGACUAAGUCCUGACCAUCACAGACCAAAUUCGGCUGUGGAAAGAAGUCUCCGGCAGGAGCAGGGCCGAGAUAAUCAGUCUUUUAUUAACAAUGUCCGCAACAGGUCUCCCAGUAGCAUUGGUAGUGGUGCGUCCACGCCAACUGGACAAGCAGCUCUCCUUGUUCCUUCUAUGCUACCGUUAGCGGUGGCGAGGCAGCAUCAAGAUGAAGCCACUGGCCCCAUCACUAUGCAGGCAUUACGGCGACUCAAAGCCAGAAAGAAAGACAUUGCUUCUCAUGCUAGUGCUGCCGUUGCGACGCAAGAGGAUUCACCUGCGCCAGCUGCGUCUACUCCGAAGUCAAUUGAACUUCAACUCAAAGUCCAUCAGCUCGAAAUCGGCCAUCUUAAGAAGGAGCGAGAGGGGCUGAUCAACAGACUGAAGAAGAUAGAGGCCUCGGUUCAGCAACAUGAUACACAAGCAGAUGUUUCCACAGAAGUUCAGACUCUAAAGAAUCGCAUGAAUUCAAUCGAGGCGUUCUCAUUGGGUACUGAACUUCCCAGUCUGCGCACCGGGAUUGAGGAGCUGAAGCCGUCGUUGAACUCUAUUGCUAACCUGUCAAAUCUUGAGCAACAAGUGAAGCCUGUGCUGGACAAGAUUGAUGACUUUAAAAGUUCGCUUGGUUCCAGGAUAUCAGAUCUAGAGAAGCAGACCGAGCAAUUGAAGCCUCUAUCUGACAAGGUCGAUCAACUUGCUAAUCCUUCCCUACAAGGAGGCGGUAAUAAGGAUCAGACUGCCAUGAACAAAGUAAAGAAGGACUUGACCACCUUCUUAGAGCGCAAGAUAAAUGCGCAGACGAUUCAGAUCACCAAACUCGAGAGCUCAAUAAACGCUCUACCAAAGCCCGCUAGUGAGCAACACAUCAAAGAACUGGUUUUGCAAGAGGUUAUGACGAAGACAGACGAAGCUAGGAAAAUCUUUCAAAGAGAUUGCAAGGCAGUCGAGGAAGAGCUAAAGCAGGUUAUGAACGAUACUCAGCAGUCUCUCUCUGAGGUCCGGACGCAGGUUGGUACUUUCCAGACGUUCAAGGAAACAACUGAAAGGCAAAACAUCACCGCACGUUUCGAAGACUUGCAGAACAGACUUCUCGACGCCGUUUCAAACAACGACAAGACAUUUGCCAAGAUUGAAAAGCUCAAUGACCGCUACGACCAUUUCAAGGCACGAACUGAUGAUGGUCUCGAGCAUCUUAACAAGUAUUGCAAGAACCUUCGUAAGGAACUCCAUGACAAUCUUUACGAGUAUCUCAAGAAGUAUCUUCAGGACAAGCUCAUGGAGAAACUCUACGACGACAUUUACGACAACGUCUUGAAGAGCCUCUCGAAAAAAGACAAUGAGUUCCGGGCAACGACAGAAGAUGCUAUCAAGAAGCUGACCCGUAACGUGGAUCACUUGUUGAAUGACACCAGUAUAUUCGAUUCUGUCAAGAAGUUGACUAGCCGUGUGGAUGAAUUGGAGAACAAGGAUGAUGCUGUGGAAAAGAUCGCCCGGAAAUCUAAAUUCAACAAGGUUGGAACGCGCAUCCAGGUACCCUCUUCACCCAGCUCGAACGACAACUCCAUGGCCGAAACUUCAUCAAGCAAUCCAAACCAACGGAUAACUCAACUCGAGACAGACCUGGACAAUCUUCGACAAGCUUUUGAUAAGGUCAAAGGCUUCGCAGCAGACGUAACAGCUAUCAAUGGACGACUGGAGAAGGCUGAAGCAACCUUGGAAGGGCUGAGCAAGCUGGAGCAACAGGUUGCUGAGCACGAAUCUCUUCGCUCGAGCAUUACUGCGCUGGACGCUCGGUUCACAGACAGCAUCCAAGCACUACAACAAGCUCAGAGUACCAGACCAACCAUAAUCCAACCACAGAUUUCCGGCCCGUCAUCUAUACCUGAUGGGGCUGCAACAAAUGCCUCACCAGGCGCCCUCGAUCAAUUCAACGCAAGUCUGAACGGUCUCCUUAAUGAGAUGGAAAGGAUUGACGAUGAGGUCAACAAUGCUCUGAUGGCUAUCAACACACAAGGCACCAAGAUCGAAUCGGUGGGGAACAUUGUCCCGGAUCUGUUCAAGAAACAGUUCGAUCCUUUCAAAACAAAAGUCGAAGACCUAAUCAGCACCUUGGAUGGCAGGUUAGAGCAGUACCAUCAAAACAUGGUUAGCAUGAGACAGGAAAUGCUGUCGUUGCAAGCGCAACCUCAACAGACUACCUUUGGCCACGCUCAGCAAGCGCAGCUCAAUUCCAUCAUUACAGAGACGAGCGCCUUGAAGAGGAAUUUGAGUGCUUUGGAGUCAGCAUUGGAGACAAAGGUGGACGGCACGACACAUGAUUCCCACAUUACUGCCCUCAACUUCGCGUUCCACAACCUGGAGACUCGUUAUGACAAUAUCACCACUGACGAGCUUUACAAACGCAUAACGAGAUGGUUCGUACAGACAUACCCAGAUACAUCAGACCUGUUGAAUAUGUCACGAAGAAUAUCGCAGAUGCUCCAGGAUAUCGAGCAACUGAAGCAUUCCCAUGGCCAGAUUGCCUGGGUUCAGGCUAGCGCGAGCGACAUUCAAGGGUUGUGUCGGAAUGCCACACAACUCCAGCAACUCGCCAAGGAUAUGCCACAACUCCAGCAGAUCGCCAGCAACUCGUCGCAAUUACGGGAGCUUGUAGAGUCUCCCCGUCAACCGUCUGAUAUGUUGGCCAAGAUUGACGUAGCCUACAACAACGCACAGAGUGCUUUUUGCAAGGCCGAAGAAGGUCUGGGGCGAAUGGACGAACAAGGCAAAAUGCUCGCCAAUCUUGAGAGCCGUAUUGAGGGCUUGCAGAGUUCGAUUCGUGUUCUCACCUCCAGCACUGCGUCACUUGUUAAGCCUGAAGCACUGAACGAUCUCACGACUACGCUGCAGAAACGACUCCAACAAGUGAAGAGCGAGCUCACUGCCGGAAUGCAAGAGUUGCGUAAGAGCUCCGAUGACAAGAUCCAGGAUAUCUGUGUAAGCUCGCAAGGCAAUGUCGAAGAGCUACGUAAGCGUAACGACAGUCAGGCUGCAGAGCUGCGUACAACCGACGGCAAGAUAGCAGAAUUUCAAUCCAAACUCAACAGGUUUGAAGGCGCACGUACGGUGUCCGAUAGCAGGAUUCAAGAGUUGGAGAAGUAUCAGUCAAAACUCAACGACAAGAUCGAUGACUCACAGAGAGAUUCCGAGAAGAAAAUUGAAACGUUGAGGACAAGGUUAUUUGACGAAGCAAACGAGAUGCACGCAAACCUCGACGCUGUCAAGGAAGAGCUACUCACCACGAUCGGAGCCGACAAGAAAGAAUCACUUGCGAAAAUCGACGAUACCGGAACGGAGUUGCCUGAGAAAGUCAACACCGAUCUGGUGGCGAAGAUUGGCGUCCAGAAGAAGGUCCUGAUGUCAAAGAUUGACGACCUGGUGACAAAAGUCGACAACGAGAAGAAGGAUGCGAUCACCAGAUCUGAGGACGUCAGAACGAAGCUGCUCGCAACACUUGAUGAUCGAGUGAAGGCGUUGCUCACGACGAUCAACGCCAGCAAGGAGGAGUCGCUCACAACCGCCGAGGGAAACAAGAACGAGUUGCUGGCAAAGAUUGAAAUCCUUAGGAAGGAUUUGUUGACCAAAAUCGCCACCGAGAAGAAGCAGGUGGGUGCGAACUUGCAGAGAGACCAAAGCAAACGUGAGAGAGCCGAGGACGAUUUGCGAAAAUUGAUCAAUGAUGCCAAAGACGACGCAAAUCAAAAUGUGACCCGCGUUCGGGAGUCACUCGCUACCCUUCAAACCGAGCUCGAUGCCAUGACCACUCUUGUCGAACCAAACAGGGCCUUCUUAGGCUCGCUUGGAAGCCUGUACGUGGUCGUUGUGCAGCUCCAACAGCUCUUUGAGAGCCUCAACCAAAAUACAGGCGUGGCACCAUUGGAGUUCAACUGGGCGUACUAUCUUGCAAAUCUCUUGCCAGACGCCAAACCCAACGGCACAGGCAGCAGGAAGCCCAGCUUGGCCUAACUUGGGCAAACGUCACCCUUGUUCCCUAUAUUGUGUUACUUUCCGCCCUAAAAGUCAUUGAUUGGCGUUUACGGCGGUCCCAUUCGGAUUUUAGUGCAGCAUACGAUACCCCGGCUUAACGGCUGUUUCUUUGUGUUUGCGAUGAGGCGACUGGAAAGGGAUCUGCUUUUCGGCUUUCAGCCUUUCCAUGCCUCAACCCACUGUGUUUGUAAGACCGAUUUGAUGUGGGCAAUUUGGUAUCAAAGUCCCUUUACUGGGCAAUUUGGUGUCGCCGGGUGUAUAGACAAAGUCCUGGGUCAUGCCGGGCAUGUUUUCGGGUGGAAGGCGUGGUGGAGUGAUAACAAAGUACUGGGUGGAAGCAUGUAUGUACUUUGGCGCAGUUGGCACAAUGUAUAUGCAAAUUGUAUUAGAUGAAAAA